CAACACUAGCUGAAUAGCCGGAGAAAAACGUCGUCGUUUAAUCUGAAGAAAUCACCGGAGAGAAAACCAAUCUCCGUCGGUGCAGAAUCAGAGAUUGGCAAGAGCCGAGAAGCACUCGCAGACUUACUUUCUGGAAACAGCUCUCAGCAAAAAAAAAUGGCGAUUUCUCAAUUUCUCCUAUUCUUUCUGUUUCCCGCCUUUUCUUCGUCUCUCCUCUUCUCUCUCUCCCAAGCUUCCGUAACUUCUGAGAACGAUUGCUUCCGAAAAUUACAGGAACUCAAGCUCAAGAUCGCUCAUUUAGAGUUGAAAUUUGAUGAAACAAUCCGAAAUCUGAAUGAGAAAGAGCUUCAGAUCGAAGAGCAAGAGAAGCUGAUUCAGCAGAUGUCGAAUGAGAUCCAUCUUUUGCAAUCUUCUGUUUUGAGUCUAAAGAGAGAUUCAUCUGGUGCUAAUGAAAGGCUUAAUGCAUUGGAAGAAGAGGUACGACUCCUCUGGGCUGCUGCAAGGAAGAACAACUUUGAUAUUCAUGUUCUAAAGUCUAAAGCACAGGAUGCUGAGGACAAAUUGGAAACGGUUGCCUCUCAAGCUGAGAAGAUGGCUGACAUUGUCACCGAACAUUGGAUUCAAAUUCAACGGCUUGAGCAGGCUCUUCAUAUUACACAAAUGAGGGCUUUUAGAGCACGAAGGAAAAUAAUGUAUUCGAGAUGCUCGUUUUUGAAGCUCAUCGACAGACUAUUUGGUGAUCAUCCUCAAAAGGUGCUUGGCGUACUGGACUCCUUUACACUUCAGCUUAAAAGAGUCUUUGCAGUGGCUACAGAAUAUCAUCAUGAGUUACAACGUUUCAUCAAACGAGAAAUGGAGAAAAACGAAUUUACUGCACCUUUUGCCCACUGGGAAUUGGUAUUUUUCAUGGCUUCUGCUUUAAUUACUUUCCCAGUAAUCAGUGCUUGGAUAUUGCUCUCGUCACAAUUACGCUAGUUUGGAUUGUUUAAGUAUGAAAAGAGAGAUUCUUCUGCGGUUGAUGAUAGUUAUACUGGCUGAGAAUGACCUUGACCACUAUGAUAGUAAUUAUACUCGGACUUUGACAUUGUAUAUUUCUGCUGCAAAUGCGCAACAUGCGAUCCUAGAAGCUUUACUACUCUGAGUCAAAUAUCAAAUUUUCAUGUGUAACAGAUUAAAAAAUUGUAGCAUUCAUGAAUAUCACUAAUUUUUUCCCUGAUGUUUUGACUUUUGAGCUUGAAACAAUUGUGGCAGUU